AGCAUGGUCCACAUUCUCUCCGAUAUCAUUGGCUUCGACUUCGAGCUGGUCCGACCUUCGGAUGGAUUGUGGGGAGCCCGGCAGAGCAAUGGAUCUUGGACGGGCAUGAUGGAUUUGGUGCACAGGAAGGAGGUGGAGUUUGCAGUGGGACCGUUCACCAUCACGCCGGAGAGGGAGACAGCCUGUGACUUCUCUGCAGCUGUUCACACUGAUGACUUGGCUCUCAUAAUGGUCAGACCUGGACUCACCAACGACAUCAGCGCCUUCCUCAAACCCUUCUCUCUCCUGGUGUGGCUGUUGAUUCUGUGCAGUGCUACGGGUCUUGGAGUGGCCAUGGCGGGGGUAGUGUGGGCAGAGGACAAGGUGUUCGGCUGCCCCACCAUCUACCUGCAUGAAAAGGUCGCCAUCUGUGUCAUCCAAACCAUGACCCUGCAGGGAUCUGACUGGCUGCCCAGGUGUGAUGCAGGUCGCCUCAUCACAGCUACUUUGGUUUUGGCCUCGUUUGUGUUCACCUCAGUCUACAGCGGGAUCCUGACGGCCAUGCUGACGGUGCCACGGGUCACCAUCCCCAUAGACUCCCUGACUGACCUGGUGGCUCAGACUAAACUACCUUGGCGCCUCGAGGCGGGAUCCAUGAUGCCUGAGUACUUAAUGGAGUCUGGGGACCCGGUAAGGCAGAAGGUGGUGACGGCGAUGUCUGGCACCUUCCCUGACUGCUGGGCCGCGCGCCAAGAUAUCGUUAAAGGGAAGUACGCUGCCCUCUGUGACGAGACUUCCAUGAAGAAGUCUAUGUCCUGGGACUUUAGUACGACUGGGAAGUGUCACCUGUACAUCGCCAGUCAGAAGGUGUAUUCCAACGCUAUGAUGGCUAUGGCUUUCAAGAUCAAUUCCACAUACCUGCAGAAAACUGACGAAAUCAUCAUGAUGGUGAAGGAGUCAGGACUGCUGGCGAGGUGGAUGGGUUUAGAGAUCACCAACACCAGCCAGUGUCUGCGACCUCCAAGUUCAGAUAAGAGGGAAGGUAUCGCUGCCCUCAGUCUGGAGGCUCUCUUUGGCCCUUUUCUUGUUUUAGCUACAGGUGAGCUCAUUUUUCUUCUUUUCUUGUUUGAGUGUGGGGGCAGCGGUGCUGCUGACGGAGAUUCGUACAUCAGCGAUGUCUUCACAAAUUCAAAUAGGUAA